AUAAUGUUACUGUAGACCGCCCUAUUUUAGGAAAUUGGUGAGUCAUAGUGAGGCAGUGGGUAAAUCGUCAUCACGGGCAAAACCGGAACCCAAGAAUGCGACGGGAAAUUUCGUGACUAAGUUUCACUUCCCCAAUAGUAGGAUUUAAAUUCGAAACUUAGUCAAUAUUUUGAAUCACAGAUUGCUCCUACGUCACGACAGCGGCAAAUCCAGACGAAACAAAAAAGUCCAUUUCCUUACACCCCCCUAAGUUUGAAUGGAUCGCUCCAGGUGCUGCAUUCUUGAAGCACCUUCAGAGCUGGAUUCACGUGCAUAACAGGUGGACAGGUGUUUUGACGGUCCUCUUGCAGCUGCGCGAACGUUUGAGAUGUUUUCUGACGAAACCCUAGAUGUCAUUGAGUUCAAGUCAUCUUGGAAGAAAGAAAGACGUGUUCGUGAUGGCAGCACCCAGACCAGUGAGAUCAUCACCAAUGAUGUUGCAGCUCAGAGUGUAGACAGGCAUGAAAUAGAGGUUCAGACAGAUGAGCUGUAUGAGAAAGCAACACCUUACCGCUUCGUCAAUGAUAAGUCUCAGGAGUACCAGGAAUUGCGAGAUUUUCUGGCAAGGGUAGAACCUAUGCUUCAUGCACAACUAGAGAAGAACUUACACAGCCAUGCGUUUGAUGGUUAUGAUGUAAACUGGCAUGAAGAAACCAAGACAGUGACCUGUGUCCACACAUUGAGUCAUGCAGACUUAGAACCUGGACUGAAUGUGACAGGUCUAUCAUGGAACUCUACAGGCUCUACUGUUGCUGUGUCAUAUGGCAGGUUUGACCAUGAGGACUGGUGCACACACAAGUCCCUUCUCUGUACCUGGAACGUGGACAGAAAAAACAUCAACCCAAAAAAGGCAGAUGUUGCUGUGGAUAUUUCUAGCUGUCUGAUGUGUGUGGCAUUCCAUCCUGAGAUCCCAGCAUUCAUUGCAGGAGGAACAUUCAAUGGCGAGGUGCAGCUGUGGGACCUGAGUCAACCUGACAACCCCCUGCUGGCAUCAUCAGGCAUAGAGGAUGACUCUCACAGGGAUCCUGUGUCAAGGGUCGUCUGGGUCCUUGACCCAGAGGGCAAAGGCAAAAACAAGUACAAGCUUGUCAGUAUAAGUGGAGAUGGAAAGAUCCUGGUCUGGCAGGCUUCCCCACAGUCAAAGGAAAUCAAACUCUUGGAUGGGUUCCUGUUGCUGGCAGAAAGCAUGCCCAGAAGUAUGAGGAAGGGAAGACUGAGGCCAGAUGCAGAGAUGGGAGUGACUGCUAUUUCCUACACCCAUGAAGACAAGACGCUGUUUGUUGUUGGGUCAGAAGGAGGUGGUGUCUUUAAGUGUUCCAUGAACUCAUCCGAUCGCUUGGCUGCAGCUCAUAUCCAGUCAUCUGUCCCAUUGAAGAACCCUGUCAGCUUUGCCUUUACCCCCCAUGUUGGUCCGGUGUAUGCAGUGGAGUGUUCCCCCUAUCACAGGAACCUGUUCCUGACAUGUGGUAUAGACCAAACUGCCAGGGUCUACAGUAUGCUGCAGGCAAAGCCUGUACUGGAGCUGGAGCCUGCUGCAGGGUACAUCUUCUCAGCACGAUGGUCGCCGGUCAGACCAUCCGUGUUCGCCGUGGUAACAGGGGAGGGGCAACUUCUCAUCUAUGACCUUGUGGUUCACAAGGUCAACCCUGUCUGUACACUGGAAGCUGGCUCUGACAAGAAACCUGUCUACACUCUCGAGUUCAACCUGCACAAUCGGCAGCUGCUGGCUACAGGUGAUGAGUUGGGACAUGUUCGUGUGUGGCAGCUGAAUGAUGAACUGACCCUGCAGGACCCAGGGGAAGAGACAGUACUGGCAGACCUGGCAGACACAGCACUGGAAUAGUCCUCUUUUGGGAUGGCAUUAUCUCAUUGAGAUCAGGCUUUGGAUGAAACUUUUGUGAAAAUUUGGCCUUGGAGAGGAAAUAGCUAGAAUAGGAUGAAUUCCUGGACUAUCUCUACAUGUAUGACAGUUGCACUAUAAAAGGUUAGGGGAGAAAAAAUACCAUAAUGUACUUGUAGACAGAACUAUGCUCUUGAAACUUAAAAUAUGCACCUUCAGCUGCAAGUUAAUAUUAAAGGCUUGUGAAGAUUCUUCAAGUCCUCAGUAUCUGUUCAAAUUCAAAG